AUGUCCUCAGCUGCACCACCUACCACGCCCCUUGACCCGGAAUGGGCCAAAGAGAGCAAUACCGCCAUGAUUGUUGGCGUCACUGGUGGCUUCCACGCUCUUGCUCUGCUUUUUGUUGGCCUUCGCGUGUACACCCGUGCAGCCAUCGUCAAAGUUAUGGGAAGAGACGACUACGUUGCCAUCGCAUCUGUGCUCUGUGCUGUGGCAGGCAUGACAAUCUUUUCAGUGCAAUCCUUCUACGGUCUUGGGAAGCACACACUUACCAUCCCUGCCGAGAACAUGGUCAUCAUGAGAAAGUCAAGCUUCUUCCAGUCGAUUAUAUCUUCCAUCGCUGGUUUGGCAUUGCUGAAAGUAUCGAUUGGCCUCUCUCUCCUCCGGCUCAGUAGGAGUAUCUGGUACUCGAGAUCUCUUUGGGCAUUGAUUGUCUUUGUGUCUGCCUACAGUUUCGUGGCCUGGAUGACGUUCUUCUUCUACUGUCAGCCACUGGAAGGCUAUUGGGACAAGAGUUUGAAACCCAAAUGCUACCCAAUCACUCUCUUCAUCAAAUUCGGCUUGAUCAAUACUGCCUUCAACAUCUUCACUGAUGUAUGCUUCGCUACACUUCCUGUGAGCAUCAUCUGGACGUUGCAGAUGAAGCUGAGGACACGGAUAUAUCUCAUCAUUGUUCUCAGUCUUGGUUACUUUGCGGUAGCUAUGGGUGUCAUCAAGUCAGUCUACCAAAUAGCCUAUGGGAAAGACAUGGACAAGACUUUCUUACAACUUAACCUCGGAAUCAUCGCCGCUUGCGCACCAUCUUUGAAGCCUCUUGUCGGUCAUGCCCUCAAAAUCUCAUCGAGCGACCGUUACCAUGGCGAAUUGUACGAGAACAGAAGGCCGGCCGGAACAAAUACCUCGAAGCGCCGCCAGGGUUACAGAGUGCAUGACAGCCAAGUUGAAUACGAGAUGCAUAGCCGACCUCUUGCUGGACCUCCUGAGGUACCGCGCAGCGCCGGUAGUGACCUACAUCGAAGCCCAUAUGAGAAAGACGGCGCUAGGGGGUCUGGAAGCGAGGACAUGAUCCUCCAGGAUGAUAAAGGACAGGGGAUUAUGCGGACCACAGAAAUAUCGAUAAAGCGAUGA